CAAUAAGAUUGUUUAUUGAACAUAUUAUUUGAGCGAGGAUUGUAUAUAUCCGUUGUUGUUCAUAUUAUAUUGCCUAUUCAAUAUUCAUAGUCAUUAGUCCAUACUCCAUACUCUAUAAAUACUAGAUAAUAGGAAUUAAAAGCUUGUUCAGAGCAAAGUUUUGUAUUGAAUUAUUAAUUUAAAAUGGCUAGUGAAGAAUAUACUGGUAAACCAUACAAAAUAAUUGAUUCAAAGCGUGAACACAAAAUUGGUAUCGUGGCAACUUCAUUAUCAGAUUUUAUGACUAAAGCACAACAAAAAUUUGACAUAAGUGAAACCAUUAAAGUUGUUCUUGAAUCUGAUGGUACUGAAAUUGACGAAGAAGACUACUUUGACACCUUGGAAAAUAAUACAUUAAUUAUGAUUUUAAGACCUGACCAAAAAUGGAGUCCAUAUAAUGAUAUAAGCAUUAAAUUUACUGAUGAUCAAAUUGAUGGCACACAAAGUUUAAACAGUUUGAUUCAACGCCUGCAAAAUGAUAUAGGUCAAAUAGCAUUCUUGGGUGGUUGCGAUCUUGAACUUUUAUCUGAUAUGGAUCCAGACGGUUUGGUUGAUAUGGCAUUUGACAGGUCAUUUCUAGAUCAAAUCAAAGAAGCUAGUGGACGCUUUCUUCAUGAAAAACGAGAAGCUCAAGAUGCAAUCAAUUUGCUCAAACUCUACCAUGCCUCGACAAUCGGUCAAAAUUCAUCUAAGAAAAACUGCUUUACAAUUACUCUGAAAAACUAAGUGGGAAAUUUGUAUAAAGAAAGAAAAAUGUCAAUGCAGUUAAUUGUAUUUUUCUUUUUUUAAAUUGUAUUGAAAGU